AUGAGUCUGAACGAGCCCUCCUCGGACAGAGUGCAAGACAUCGAUAUGACCUCUGGGAAUUCGUACGACAUUUCUCCUCACCGAAUCUAUGUACACUCGCUUGACGACUCGGAUUCUGAAACCGAGGAUACCACAGCCAACUACCACGUUAACCCCUAUGUGGCGGAGCAUCUCGGCCAUGCCGCGCGGCCCAAGCCCGAGUCGGUCCCCCGCUGGCUUGCCACAGUGCAAGACAAGCCGCUGAUGGAACACCCCGAAAAAAUACAAAGCCUUGUGCUCUGGCAGCCACCGGCGUGGCAGGCAGAGAGCGCUGCAGGUGAUCGGCCCUCGCCCGACCAGGACGAGGCUAUGGCGGAGUCGUAG